AUGCUUUUCUCCCCAGCCUGUGGUCUCAUCCUUCUACUGCUCUUGAACAUUGUUGAUGCUGGGCGGAUUCUGAGGAAGAUCAAGCAGCGUGUGCGUGAUCUCCAGCUGCAGAAAGCCAAGCAGUAUCUCCUGAUGCGCACAGAAAGCGGUCAUCAGCCUCUCCAACGUGUGAAGGAGGGAAGGAUUCACCAGAAGCUGGACCACUUCAGCCGACAAGACGUUAGCACCUUCCCUCAGAGGUUCUUUGUGAAUGAGGCGUACUGGCAUUGUCCUGAUGGUCCAGUAUUCCUCUUCAUCGGAGGCGAAGGGCCCAUCUUUGAGUUUGAUGUUCUGGCAGGUCACCAUGUUGACAUGGCUGAAGAGCACGGGGCUCUGCUAUUGGCUCUGGAGCAUCGUUUCUAUGGUGACAGCAUCAACCCUGACGGCCUGAAAACGGAGAACCUGGCAGACCUGAGCAGUCAGCAGGCGCUUGUUGACUUGGCUGUAUUCCACCAGUACAUCAGCCAAAGCUUCAAUCUGAGUCACAAGAACACCUGGAUCAGCUUUGGAGGCUCGUACUCUGGAGCUCUGUCCGCCUGGUUCAGAGGAAAGUUUCCCCAUCUGGUGUACGGAGCCGUGGCCUCCUCUGCUCCUGUGAAGGCGAAGCUGGACUUCUCUGCUUACAGCAAUACUGUUGGCUUGAGUCUCGCAAAUGAAGCAGUUGGUGGCUCAGAAAAGUGUCUAGCUGGUGUGCGGAAAGCCUUUGCUGCUGUGGAAGCAGCACUGAUGAGUGGUAAUGCCAGCCAGGUGGCUAUGGACUUUGGCUGCUGUCACAUCCCCAAGGAUCUUGAUGAUCAGAUUGAGCUGAUGCAAAACUUGGCCGACAUCCUCAUGGGAACAGUGCAGUACAAUGAAGAAGGGGUGCUCAUGUCUAUUAAUGAGAUCUGUGGUAUUAUGACCAAUGAGAGCGAGCCAUUUGAGGAGGAGAUGGAGGCUUACAGCCACCUUGUUAAACUUGCACAGAUCUACCAUUCUACCAGUCAGGAACCGUGUCUGGAUAUCUCCCAUGAGAAAACAGUGAAAGAUCUGAUGGAUACGUCUCUCCACUCAGGCAGAAGAGCAGAGAGACAGUGGACCUACCAGACCUGCACCGAGUUUGGCUUCUACCAGACUUGUGAGGAUGCCACUUGUCCAUUCUCUGGGAUGGUGACUCUGCAGACCGAGACUGAAGUCUGUCCCAUAGUGUUUGGCAUUUCCCAGCAUUCCCUGCCUGGACGCAUUGCCUUUACGAACACUUACUAUGGAGGAGACAACCCACACACCCACAGGGUCCUCUAUGUCAAUGGUGGAAUUGACCCAUGGAAGGAGCUGUCGGUGGUGGAGGACAGGACUCGGGACGGAGGAGAAGCCCAGACCAUAUUCAUCAAGGACACUGCUCACUGCGCUGAUAUGAUGAGUGGAAGAGCCACAGACCGCUGUUCGCUCAAAAGAGCCAGAGAGGAGAUUGAGAAACAUGUGAGCAGUUGGCUGAAGAUGGCUGCCCAGGAGAGGAUGGAGAAAAGAGCGCCUGUCCUGUUGAUCAAUGAGGAAGUUCUUGGGCCUCAACUAUUAAUCAGAGCCUAUCGGCGAUCUGUCUGCAGAGCCAACCAAUCACAGCCCUCCGACAGCUGGGCUAUGAAAAAUGUGGCCCGGGUGGAUGGAGGGGAGGACGGGGAGGUUGGGGUAGUGGCGGGGUCGAGGAGGAGAGGAGGGAGGAAACCAGCGCCCUGCGGAGUUAAAAGAGCCCAGACUGGAUGGACGGUGCGGGGCCCUCACAGGCUGCCCCAACCGGUCAAACUCCAUGCCGCCCACGGAGACGCCUGCCCCGGCCCGCUGUACCCCGCCAGGCCGCUGCUGAUUGAAGUGCAGCCGCCUACUGAAAAACACUCAUCGCUCAUUCCCAGCCGUGACAUUUUCCAGCCUGUCGCCGUAUGCUGCGCGGACAGCGAGCGCAAGGAGCCAAAAAGGAACGGGACGCUUGCUUUCUAUCUGUCUCCCAGAGCACCGAGCAUCCACACGGGCUGCGAGCCGGAGCGAGAGGCGCACCAGGCGGAGGCGAGGCGCUGCAGGAAGCCGCUGCUCCCUUUCACCGGGUUUCUGGACUACACCGGACACAGCCCGUACAGGACUGGAUACGGCGAUUAUUUACGUCUCGGUGGGACAUUUUACACCAUUUACUGGAGCCCUGUGCAUUACUCAACAUCAGCAGCCAGUCGCAUUUAA